CAGCGCAGUGCAGAGCUUCUUGGAGCCUAGUGUGCCUUUCUGAAGGCACCAUUCUGCUCGUUUGCAUCAUUGGGUUGGGUGCUCCCUCUCCCUCUCCCCCACUCCCGCUUCACUGCUCCAGCCUUCAACUCUCUUUCUCCCACCUCUGCUCCACCACUGCCCCAGCCUUCAAUUGACUCUGAGCACUCCACCACCUAAAUUGUACAGUGCGUGGAGAAUGAGAGAGAUGGAGGCGCAGGAGAAGAAAGGCCACAGAUCCUUGGCCAAAGCCAAACCAGUCAAGCCCUCCUACAACUACAAUGCCCCAUCCAGGCAUAAGCGUUCCAAGAGUAAUGACAGUGAUUUAGAGGAGAAAAAUGCAAAGGAUGCACCGCAGACAGCGUCUAAUCAGCCAAAGUUGAAUGGUAGAAACUCAAACACUCAUCUGCAGAGCGAAACCAACAAGGGAAUCCAGCCCAAGAGUCACACGCAAGACUCCCUCAGAAAAGAGAUUGUGCAGCUGGAGAGGCACCUUGACGAUCAACAAACGGUGCGCGGCGCACUGGAGAAAGCAUUGGGUCCGAACCCUGCUCCGGUCACUCUCUCGAAUGACAGCCCAAUCCUCCAGCCCACUAACCAGCUGAUAAGGGAGGUUGCGACAUUGGAGCUGGAGAUCAAGCACCUGGAGCAGUACCUUCUAACAUUGUACAGGAAAGCAUUUGACCAAGCGCCCUCACUUGUCGUCCGUCCGGAGGAGCCGGCGCCGGCAAAGCCAUCGAUGAGCUCACGGUCUGCGCUGAUGGAAGAAACUCCCAAAGCAAAGGCCACCGUAGGAAGAGGUGGUGAUGCAAUGCUCCACUACAGCUGCCCUCCGCUUAGCAAGAGGAGGAACGGCACGAUGGAGGACUGCUCUCCGUCCACAUGUCCAACGAAGGCCAUGGACUCUGAUCAUGGCCUGCGCAGCCAGUCCGCGCUGUCGUUCCGCGGCGUGUGUUCGUCGAGGAUAUCGCCGUCGGAGGAGAGCCUGGCGAGGGCUCUUCGCUCGUGCCACUCUCAACCUUUCUCAUUCUUGGAGGAAGGAGAGGCUGCUACUACAUCAGGAGUGGUAAGCCUGGCUGACUAUCUGGGGACUAAUGUAGCUGACCACAUCCCUGAAACCCCCAACAACCUUUCUGAGGAGAUGGUGAGGUGCAUGGCAGGGGUGUACUGCAAGCUUGCAGAUCCACCUCUGGUUCACCACCGUGCAUCGUCGUCGCCAACGUCGUCGCUCUCGUCGACGACAAGUGUGGUCUCCCCACAGUACCUUGGGGACAUGUGGAGCCCCAAUUGCAGGAGAGAAGCCACCCUGGACUCGCGGCUGAUCAACCCGUUCCACGUCGAGGGGCUCAAGGAGUUCAGUGGACCGUACAACACAAUGGUUGAGGUCCCAUCGAUUUCCCGCGACCGCCCGAGGCUUAGAGAAGUCGAAGAUUUGCUACAAACUUACAAGUUAAUUCUUCAUCGUUUGGAAACCGUCGACCUCCGGAGGAUGGCGAACGAGGAGAAGCUCGCCUUCUGGAUCAACAUACACAAUGCACUGUUGAUGAGUGCCUACCUCAAGCAUGGCAUCCCACAGAACCAUCUGAAGAAGACAUCACUUCUUGUCAAGGCCGAGUGCAAGAUCGCUGGGCGCAGCAUCAACGCAGCGGCCAUCCAGGGGCUGGUCCUCGGAUGCAGCACCCACUGUCCCGGACAGUGGCUAAGGACUUUGCUGCAGCCAAGGAUGAAAAGCAGAGGGAGCAAAGCAGGGGGGCAAUGGCAAGCCUUUGGCAUCCAUCGGGCCGAGCCUCUUCUGCGCUUCGCGCUUUGCUCCGGCAGCCAUUCCGAUCCCGCGGUGAGGGUGUACACGCCCAAGCGGCUGCGCCAGCAGCUCGAGGCGGCCAAGGAGGAGUACAUCCGCGCCACGGUGGGGGUCCGCCCGCCGGACCAUCAGCACCGCCGCGGCAGGGUGGUGCUUCCCAAGCUGGUGGAGGCCUACGCCAGGGACGUCGGGCUCUCGCCGGAGCGGCUCCUCGACGCGGCGCAGCGGUGCCUGCCGGAGAGCGUGCGGGCAGCGGUGCAGCGGUGCCGGCAGCAGCAGCAGGGGACGGCGGCGAGUAAGGCGGUGGUGGAGUGGGCGCCGCACAGGCAGAGCUUCCGGUACCUGCUCGCCAGGGACCUCGCGUUCCCACACCUCAGCUGAUCAAAGCUUCCACGGUCACCUGCAUGGUUGCCAUGGCUUGGCCUUUGCUUGACAUGACUCAUCGAUUACUGAUUAGUGGCAGUGGGUGAAAUUGAUUAAGUGAUCACUAAAUUGUUGAUAGAUUUGGUUCUAGGAUUACACUACUUAUCUCCAAGAAUUUUCUUGUGUGUAUGUACUUUGUCUAAGGAGAUGGACGCGCUGUAAAGAGAUUUUGCCUUUUGUAGAUAAACAUAUAACCGAGGAUUUUGCCUUUUGUAGUAUUACCGAAAAA